UCAUCUGAGGUUACUGCUGCACUUCGUAUUACUGAUGGAGCACUAGUGGUGGUGGAUUGUGUUGAGGGAGUUUGUGUACAAACUGAAACUGUGCUGCGACAGGCACUUGGAGAAAGGAUCAGGCCUGUUCUUACUGUUAAUAAGAUGGACAGAUGCUUUCUUGAGCUCCAAGUUGAUGGAGAGGAGGCAUAUCAGACCUUUUCAAGGGUUAUUGAGAAUGCCAAUGUCAUUAUGGCUACCUAUGAAGAUCCACUUCUUGGUGAUGUUCAGGUCUAUCCUGAGAAAGGCACAGUUGCCCUCUCUGCUGAUCUGCAUGGUUGGGCUUUUACUUUGACCAACUUUGCUAAGAUGCAUGCCUCCAAGUUUGGUGUUGAUGAAUCCAAAAUGAUGGAAAGACUUUGGGGUGAAAAUUUCUUUGAUCCUGCUACUAAGAAAUGGACCACCAAGAAUACAGUUUCAGCCACUUGCAAGCGUGGGUUUGUACAGUCCUGUUAUGAGCCUAUCAAGCAGAUUAUUAACACAUGA